AUGUCAUCAUUGAUAGAAAAUAUUGGAAAACUAUUGAUCAUUAGUUAUCAAUGGUUUUGGCCAAAUACAAAACAAUAUUUUAAACAUAUUGAUUCAAUUAUGAUGGGAAUUCUACAGAAAAAUCGAACUCAUCAUUAUCAAUAUUUUUUCAACAUUUUUUCGAUGUCAUGGAUAAGAUAUUUAUUGAUCUAUAUUCUACCAUUAUCAGAUCAAUAUCGUAUUGUUUUAUUUGAUUCCAAAUGGUCAAAUUAUCUACGAAAAAGAAUUCGUAAACAUAUUGUUCGUCGUAAUCUGGAAAUUUGUAUGACAGGAUCGUUUUUGUUCUAUACACCACUUUAUAUCGUAGAACAAGUUAUGAUAAAUUGGUCAGAAUUUUUCGAUUCUGAUUAUCCGAAAUUUUUUGGCUAUUUGAAAAUUAUUUCAGCUCUAACAACUUUAACAUUAACUAUAAUGGAUGGUUUUUUUACAUUCCAUAUGGUUGAAUCAUUAUUUACAUUUAUACUAUGUUUCUAUUGGCUUAUAUUGAUCGAAUAUGAUCGAAUUAAUCAAAAAAUUCAGAAAAAACAACCAUCAAAUCGAUUAUUGACAUUGUAUAUACGUGAAAAUACCCACUUAUUUUUAUUUGUAAACCGUAUAUUUCGUUCAUAUUCAACAAUAUUUCUUGUUUAUCUUGCUUGUUUUUUGCCAGCCAAUCUUUAUCUAGUAUCAUGUUUGAUGAGAAUUCUCGAUAAUGAACUGGAAGCCGAUAUCAAACAAUUAUUAUUUACAUUAACCUGGAUAGCAUCGCAUUGUGUAGGAAUGUUUGGUAUACACUAUGUUUGUACCCAAUAUUCAAAUUGUAUUCAUUCGAAUGGUAUUAAACGAUUGAUUCAUUUCAAUACUGUCAAAUCAUUUGUAAAAACAAAAAAAUCAAUAAAUUUACAUUGGAAAUUAUCAUUACAAAUCGAAAAAUUUCAUACAAAAAAUCAUUAUGGUUUUUCAUAUGGAAAAUUCGGUAUGAUUAGCAUGGCCGGUUUGGUUCGGUUUUCACUCAUUUAUUGUAAAUUACUUAUGAUGGUUUAUAAACAAAAAAAUAAACACUAA